GGCGGCCCCGCUUGGCUCAGGGCGGCAGGGGCGGUUCCCUGACGGCGUCAGUCGCACCUGGCUGGCUCUUGGUUUAUUGGGAAGUCGCCGUCCUGCGUAGGAGUGUGUGAAAUGCCUUAUCUUUGCAUCGUUAGACAUGGAAGUAAUGAAACCUUUAAUUGAUGAACAAAAUUCAGAUGGUAUCUCGGAUGAAGAGCAUGAAAAUAAUUUCCUGCCAGUUGAGAAGCAAUACCAGCUUGAUAAUGAAGAAGGCAUUACGUUUAUACAAACACUUACACACCUCCUCAAGGGAAACAUUGGAACUGGGCUUCUUGGUCUCCCACUUGCAAUAAAGAAUGCUGGCAUUGUGAUUGGACCAAUCAGCCUUGUGUUCAUAGGAGUUGUAUCUGUUCAUUGUAUGCACAUCUUGGUACGUUGCAGCCACUGUCUAUGUCAGAGGAUGAAAAAAUCCUCACUGGGGUAUAGUGAUACAGUUAGUUAUGCCAUGGAAGUGGGGCCCCUGACUGCUCUUCAGAAACGAGCUUCUUGGGGACGGUAUAUUGUGGACUUUUUCCUAGUGAUAACACAGCUGGGAUUUUGUAGUGUUUAUGUUGUGUUCUUGGCAGAAAAUGUGAAACAAGUCCAUGAAGGAUUCUUGGAAAACAAGACUGCUCCAAUAAACGUUAGUGCUGCUGGCAGUUCUUCUGAGAAAGAGAGUACUGAUUUACGAAUAUACAUGCUGUGUUUCCUGCCAUUCAUGAUCCUUCUAGUCUUUAUUCGUGACCUUAAGAGCCUGUCCUUGUUUUCAUUGCUUGCCAAUCUGUCUAUGGCUGUCAGCUUGGUGAUCAUUUACCAGUAUAUUGUUAGAGAUAUCAUAGAUCCUCAAAAACUGCCUCCUGUGGUUGGCUGGAAGAAAUACCCUCUGUUUUUUGGGACUGCAAUAUUUGCUUUUGAAGGAAUUGGUGUGGUACUUCCUUUGGAAAACAGAAUGAAGGACACCACUCGUUUCCCACAGGCGCUGAACAUUGGCAUGGGAAUCGUCAUGACCUUGUAUAUCUCACUGGCCACUCUGGGCUAUCUGCGCUUUGGGGAUGAAAUCAAAGGCAGCAUAACUUUAAAUCUGCCACAAGAUAUAUGGUUGUAUCAGUCUGUAAAAAUUCUGUACUCCUUUGGGAUUUUUGUGACCUAUUCAAUUCAGUACUACGUCCCUGCAGAGAUUCUCAUUCCGGCUGUCACCUCCAAAGUGGAGCAGAAGUGGAAGUUACUCAGUGAGCUUGUGGUGAGAGCACUACUAGUCUGCUCAACCUGUGCUGUGGCAAUUUUGAUCCCUCGCCUGGACCUGGUGAUUUCUUUUGUAGGAGCUGUCAGCAGCAGCACUCUGGCACUGAUUCUGCCACCUCUGGUUGAAAUCCUCACUUUCUACAAGGAAAACAUAAGUUUAUGGACAGUAUUUAAAGAUGUUUUCAUAGCUGUCAUUGGAGUUGUUGGAUUUUUAACAGGAACAUAUGUGACAGUUGAAGAAAUCAUUUAUCCUGCAUCCACAGUUCUAGCUAACGUAACGGAGAGCAUCUCUGCAGAUUUAAAUGCUACAAACUUAGGGGUUGGUUUAAAGUAACAACCAGGCACUGUGAACUGUUUUAUUCCUUAACAAGAAAUAAUCCUAGAUGGAUGGCAGACCUACGUGUGGGACAAAUUCUGAUGGAUUUUAAAUGAAUUCUUGACAGAUAGCAUGUGGCCCUUUCAGUUCUUGCCUUCAUUACUUGCCAUCUUCUACCUGAAUUAACUCCUCUGCUCUCAACCUCUGCUCAUCUGCUGAAAAACUGAACUGAUGUCAGGAUUUAAACUACAUACAUAAAAACAGGAAGGAAAUAUGAUUUUAAGUUAUUUGUGAGACAAAAAGAAUAAUUUUUAUAAGGAAGUCAAGAUGCCUUCCUUCUCAGAAAAGGUGGAAGUCAGUCCAUACCUCAUACCCAGUCAGCAAGUCUAGGCACUGCUCUUUUCACUGCAGCUCUGUUGUGAGGGUUGCAGUGGGAGCCCAGUGAUGCAUAGACCUUCUUUUUGGCUGUCUCUGAGGUGGUGAAUUGCACCUCAGUGAAGCAGAGACACUUUAGUUUUAAAAAAGAGCAGCUGAACUUUUCAUUUCCAUUCUAGGGACUUUAGAGAAGCCAUAGAGAAGCUUUUGGAUAGUUGUAGUUGCCUGGCUCUGGAUCCUGGGAGUCGGUAUGUCUGGAAUCAGAAUGCACUGUGCAGAAUGACUCUGACUCUUGUUCAGUCAUUUCACAUUGGCUUCAAGGGGAGUUCAAGCAGCUGGAAGGACCAAGCCCUUUCCGUUUAGUAUAGCAGACCACUGCUGGUGGUGGGUUAAAUGACAGUAAGCAUAAAGGCAUUUUUGUCAUAUUCACCAUCUUAACAUUUAAGCUGAAGAAUGUACAAGGCUGUAAGGUAAGGUUUAGAAGUAAAGGCUGCAUCUUUUAUUAUACCAGAAGGUAUCUAGGUAGGAGCAUUCUUGUCAUUUUACAUGAUCUGUUACUAUAUGUUCCUGUACCAUGAGCUGUUCAGCCUGGUCAGACUCCUUCUCCAGGGAGAGGGCAACUGUGAUGCUCAGCAGAGCCGUGGAGGUCUGACUGUCCAGAGCAGCUUAAAGAUUCAUGAUGUUAAUUUCUGUAUGAGGAAGUAAAGGGUGAGACACUGCUUUCUAGAAUGGAGCUUGUGCCAUACUUUCACAGUGUAAGUGUAUAAGCUGUGAGUGAUUUGUGAAAGAAUUUGUGAUUCCACAAGACUGUGAGCUGAGGGGGGCACCAAGGAUGUCUGUUUUGAAACACUUUCUUCCUCAAGGACACCACAUGCCUGCAGGUUGUCUGAAGAAGUGACUCAGGACUUGCUUUCAACUGCUGGUACUUUGUAGAGAGGUACAGUUUAUGUAAGACGUAGGGUAUACAUGUGAAAAUACAUUUUUUUUAAGAAAGUAAUUAUAUAUCCGUUUUGGAUUUUGAAUGAAAAGUUACAAGAUGUUAUUUAUCAGAUCAAUAUUACUUCCAUGAUGCAAAAACAUUCCACACCACAAAUGAUAAGCAGUUUAUUAUUGUACAAUGUCCGUACAAAUGUACGGAAUACUGUAUUUUUUUUACUUAUUUCUAGAAGUCUGUAGACUGCCUAUCUGUAUUGCUGGAUGUUGGAACAUAUAAUAAUUAUUUUUGCAUUCUUAUGUUCUGCCUUAAAUAGGAUCUAACAUACCCUUUACUCAUUGUUGCUUCUGUUGUCUGUUUUGGAAGAAAAAAAGAACAAGUUGGUAAUUGGGUAGAAAUUAGUUUUGUUCAGCAAGCCUGUGGGCUGAGCCCCUAGCCGGAAUCCUGAUUUUCAGGGUUCUUAUUUGACUUUCUGGCUCACACUACAUCGAUGACUUGCACUCCAAAUGCUAAAGCUCUAUUUUUGGUCUUGUUUUCUAAAAGCACUCUAUAUUUUGUACAAAAACAGAACUGUAUUUAUCAUAUUAAUUUUUGUUAUGAAGAAACUCCUUUUUCUAAGAAAUAUUUUUAAUUAUAACAUUCCCCCCAGAAAUACGAUAUGCCAAAACCUCUCUACCGUAUUCAUAUAAAUUAAGAUAGAAAUAGAUGUAAUAUUUUUCUUGCCUUCAGCGUAUUCCUCAGAAAUCUACCAUUUGGUAAUCUACCAUUUGGCAUUACAGUGCUAGAGUAGCAUACUGCUAGAUAUAUCUAUAUUUAUAUUUUCUCUCCAGAACAUUUCCCUAGUCAUCUACCAUGUGGUGGCUGUAUUUGAGCACUUUCUUCUCCAUGUUGAUGAGGGCAUUUCUAACAGGGAUUCAUUACAGCAUGUAGUUCAAAUUGAAUGUUCUUUGGUCAAGCAAUAGUUCUGAGUAAUGCUGUUAUUUUAAUUUUAGCAUGAACAAAGUUAAAUACUUGGUAUGCCCUUUAAAUGGAUGAGUUUCUGCAGGUAUAAUACUAUAGAGUUAAUCUUUCGUGUGAAAGUGCAACAGGGGAGCAAACACAGUUAGUUAGCAGAGAGGCAAACUUCAGCUUUUCAUCUUAAAGCUUUUUUAGUCUGUAAGCUGUUCUAAAAGACAUUGGAUCUAAGUGUUUCCAUCUGUUCAUAAUGAAUCUGUUGUUUACCUAAACCAUACACUGCACACUGAUAGAAUAUAUUUCUGUGCAGCAUAUUUUACUUGACAUUAAAUACUUCUACAUGGAACAUAUUUAGUAGGACUGAUAAGAUUUAAUGAAAGUUAUUUUUCCUGUUAGUUUUGCACCUUUCUACCUGUCACAGUCCACUCAGUGGACUCAUGACGGUUCAUUUACUAUGAUCUCGAAGGUGCAAAAUUAAGGCAACCAACACCAAAGGGGAGCAUCAAUCAAACAGUGCAACUUUAUUGUGUUGCCCGUGAAGUGGCACGUGAUAGUAAGAGAUGGGUGAAAGAAAGGGGGAAAGGUAAGUUUAGAGAGAAGAGAAGGAGAGGUUAUAGCUACCACUGCUGGUCUCAAGACAUCCUAAUGGUCCUGGGCCCAGCUAAUGCUCCGUUAUCGAUCAUCGUGAUCGCUGGUAGGGAAGCUUCAAAUUUUCAGUGUCCAGAAGUCAUCUUUUAUGCUUAGUGACACACUUUGCUCUUCCUCUGCCUCAGGGAUCUCUGCCCUUCUCGAGCGAGGCUACCGCGCAUGCACUAGGGCAUGGUUGGUCUUAGAGGUGGGUAGUCUUCAACCAGGAGGUGUGUUUUGGUAUUAUAAUGAAGCAGAGUUCAUCUAAAGUUCAUGACAUUAUGGCAACGGUUGCAAUGCAUCUUUUUUGGCAGUAGUUAUGUGGUCAUCUCUGUCAGCUCCAGUUAGGCUCAGGUACCGAGCAAUAGCACAACACUCUGUACCGCAUGGCUCGGGUAUGAAGAAUAGCACUGCACUCUUUGUACCACAUGGUCCAGUAUUCCGAAGAAUAGCACAGCACUUGUUGCUUGUUGUAGCACACAGUUCUGUAUUCAAGAGCCCUUGCACUGCAUUCCACUCUUGGGAUUGGCAGCUGUGUUCUAAAGAGGUUGUUGUCGGGUACCUUAUGGUCUGUGUCCCUGAUGACAGUGUUGAGACAAUGCUGAUCUUCUGACCAACUCUUACACCACCCAUGUGUGUUUGGAGAAUAAAGGACUAUCAAGUCCAUUCAUAUCAUCUGUUCUACAUUGAUUGUAUCCAAGUGAGCAGUUCUGAGAAGAUGCUUCUGCCAGGUUGCAGAAAGACUUGAGCACUUCAGAGUUUGGUGGUGAUUUUUGGCUGGUACAAGUGAAUACUGACAUGAUACUAUCAGUGAAGAUUUGCACGCUGGGUACCUAGAACCUAAAUAGGCAGCCUUGCUGUUCAGGUGAAUAUAGCAUCUCUUUCUGAAAGUUGGGCGACUUGUUUAGAAACUUGAUAGGUUUGAGGAAUGUAAGCUUAGCUAUCAAACUUUGCAUCAUCUGGCCCAAAUAAAAACCCUUAGACAUCUUACUGCUGUGUCUGACCGGGGAGCAGCCUGUUGAGGAGCAGAUUUUUGGACUGAUGUAUUGCCACUGACUGAUCAGAUAUGAAGUAGUGUGUUUAUGCAAUGGGACAGUGUUGCCAUGUCUGACAAUAGUGUAUCUUUUGAAUCUUUAAAAUGUUUAUUAAUAUAUUUUGCACAAUGUCAAUUUUCUCCUACAGUGUAGGAUUUUUGUUAUUUUAACACUCAUACAGUACAUUUGAGCAGCCUGCUCUUUCAAAUAGAAGGAGUCAGGAAUCAGAGUAUCUUGCUUUGCAUAAGAUCAAAAUGUCAUGUAGUAAAAACAUGUCUGAGUAAUAAGAGUGUUCCUGCAAAAUAUUGCCAAAGAUAUAAAAAAUGGGAAAUUCUGACAGAAACCUCUAAUAAGUGUUCAUUCAGCUUUUAAAGUACUGUAAUAUAAAUUGCAAGUGAGGAUGCAGGUAGUGAAACUGAGAGAUAUAAUAGGUAUGGUUUACAUUAAUAUAUAUUUAAGAUGGAAAUGUACUUUAGCACAAGCUAAAUUAAAACUGAAAAAUCUAUGUGAUUGACUUACGUUCCUGCCAAGGAACAGAAAGCUUAUUGUAUUUAUAUACUGUACACUUAUAUUUUACAAUAUAAUAUUGUUAACAGUUUUAGUGUAAUUUAAUCGUUAGCUUCACUAUAUGUAACUGGAUCAUUUUCUUGUAAUUGUUCAUCCUCAAAUAUUGGGCAAGUAAGAGGAUGGGUUUGCCUAAUGUUCUGUAACUUAAAUCUUCUGUAUCAAUAAAAAUUACAAUAAUAUUA